CUCUGCAUCGCCACAACUUUGUCGACACCUCACUUAUCCUCUCUCACCAUGACACAAAUGCCACCGAUCCGCAACCUCGCUAUCCGCAAAAUUCAAAUUCUCGGAAAAUUCAAACAAACUUGAUUCACAACGAUGGAUCCGGUUUUUCCAAUGACGACGAUGUGCAUCUUGAGGAUACCGACCCAUAGCAUGCAUGCAGAAUACCGCCUGCUAUUCAACGCUUGAGCUGUAGUAAAGGGUUCAAAGGAAAAAAAGAUAUGAAUAAACCGUUGUUCUAGAUCCUAUCCUUGAUUAGGCAAAGCGAAACGCGCUUCGGCCCUUCGUGGCUUGCCCCGAAGAAUAUCGCAAGUAAAGUGGCCCCCACAGUCGCGCGCGCUACAUGGUUGUUGCGCCGCACAAUCGCAUUCAAAUACCGGGGAGGAGGCGCUUCGCAUCGUAUUUCUUCCAGCUCCGCAGCACAUGACAGCGAUUAGCGAGAAUGAGCUCCUAUGAACUGCUUCCUAAAAUCGACCGUAACGAUGAUUUGCUUGACCAAACCGCCGCCGAAACUCCACAAUCUCCGUCAGAGUUUUCCUUGAAGCAGCGCUUCUCAGGCUGGAGGGGAGGGAUUCUUGCCGCAAGCGUUCUCACAGCCUUCGUUUUGCUUCUCAACAUUAUUCUAUCAAUAGUGGCUGCUACUCGUUGGAUCAAGACUGAUGGGAUUGCGACUGCAUUCACUGGUGAUUGCGAUUUGGCAGGCAGAUGGAGCACGGCAUUGCAUUUGAUCAUCAAUUUGCUCAGUAGUGGGCUGCUAGGAGCCUCAAACUACUGUAUGCAACGCCUGGUGGCCCCGACAAGAGAAGAAAUAGACAAGACGCACGCUCAAAAGAGAUGGCUGGAUGUUGGAAUCCCAAGUCUCAGGAACCUGGCAUCUAUCAAUGGACGCCGAGUACUAAUAUGGACACUGUUGGCACUAUCCAGUAUUCCUUUGCACCUUCUAUACAAUUCCGUUGUUUUUGAAACAGUUGGAGCCAACGAUGCAUAUUACUUUGAAAUAACUGAGGACUUCUUCAAAGUGAAGGAUAGUUGGUAUCACAUCAGUCAUGAAAUGAUUAACGACCCCACACCUUUUUACCAAGCCGCAUUGUUGGAUGGCAAGUAUCUUGAUAGAAAUCUGGUCGAGAACAUCACUGCAGAUGAAUGUAAGUCUCGCUAUAGUCAGCAGUUUAUUAGCGCCGGUACAGGCUUCUGCGUUACGUCGCCAGACCCUGACUUUCCCGACACCUCUCUGGUGAAGUAUUUUGAACAUGGGAGCAGCAACAUUCUUGGGAGUUCUACUGGCCCACCCUGCUUCUACUGCUUGUCCUUGAAAUCCCCACCCCAGCGCUGCAGUAUAGAGUUCAGUCAAGCUGUUCUGGCCGUUGUCGUCGUAUGCAAUGCGAUCAAACUGGGGGCUAUGAUCUACAUUCUUUCGCGCCUCGACCAGAAAACAAUUGUCACAAUUGGUGAUGCCAUCCAGUCGUUCCUUGAGACACCUGACCCUACCACGGACAACUGUUGUCUUAUGUCGAGAGGGGAUGUGCGUCGGGUUUUAGGAAAGCAAGAAGCGCGGCAUGGGCAGCGAUUCGAGCAGACAAGAAGACAUCGAUGGAUUUCUGGCUGCAGCAGAAGACGCUGGAUCCUUUCUCUCUUCUUGUACAUAAGCGUGAUCGCCGUGGUCGCCGGCCUCGUUGGUUUCAUGCACCACCGGUGGGAUACAGACUAUUCCAACAGUUUCGGUCGAGUGAAUCCAGACUCCCUAAUCGACAUCGAUCUCCCCUACGCCGAAUCCAUCAUCCCUUACAUUCUUCUCGCCAACACCCCGCAAGCCAUAAUCACCCUCAUAUUCCUCACAUACAACGGCCAAUUUACCGCCAUGCUCACACAACUCGAAUUCUCCAAUUACGCCAUCAAACGCGCCCCCCUCCGCGUAACACUCCCAUCCCCAAGCCAACGCUCAACCUACUUCCUCUCACUCCCAUUCACCUUCAGCAUCCCCUUACUCCUCUCAUCCAUCAUCCUGCACUGGUUGACCUCUCAAUCAAUCUUCCUCGCACGCAUCGCGGUAUUCACUGAACCAAUAGCCGGUCGUGCCCCAUCAGAGGUCAGGGAGCCCAGCACGGCUGUUGGAUACUCGAACACCGCCAUCAUCUGCACUCUUGCCUUGGGGUGUGGGUUUCUCAUUGUUCUUGGGAUAGUUUCUUAUGCGGGGAGUUACCCUGUGGGACUCCCGAUCGGCGGGACGAAUAGCGCGGUCAUCAGUGCCGCCUGCCAUGUAAAGCACGAAGAGCAAGGAGAUGAUGAUAUUGUGAAUCGCCCGCUCCAAUGGGGCGUCACAAUUCCCGCGGACGAGAAUGUAGUUGGUCAUUGUUCGUUUAGUAGUAUGGAAGUUGGUCGGGUUCAGUUAGGGUUUAUGUAUGCUGGGGAUGUGGCUGCGUAG